AUGGUAAAUAACGUUUUAAUUGUUCAUGAAGAUUCACAUACACAAAUAACUCGUAUUGAACCUUCAAAUGAUGCUCCUCAAAUAGAUCAACAUGACGAAGAACAAGCAAAUGUGCACACUUCACAAACUAAAGACGAUUUACACGCACAACAACACAGCGUUUUUGUCAUUAAACACAAACGGAAAAUGUCUGAUAAACUGAACACAUCAGUUGAAGACUUUAAAAGUGGAAUUUUUGUGCAUUAUAAAAGUGUUGGAAUUGGAAACGUUAAUUUAAAUAAAGCAUUGGAAGAUAUUCGAGAAUACACAUUCUAUAAAGGUAAAUUUGAUUUUGAAAAUUACAAAAUUUUGAUUGAUUAUUUAUUUGAAAAUGAAAGUGAACAACAAACGGAAAAUAUGAAUGUUAUCAAAAGAUCAAUCGUUGAGUAUUUGAUAAAUUCACUUUCUAUUGAGGCAGGUUUAUCUGAAUCGCAAAUAAACGCAGUAAGAUUUGGACAGUACUUGAAAUUUUACCUGCUUUCGAGACAAUAUUUUGACGACAUAAAAUCACUAAGUUUGAGUCAAAGGUCUGUUGGAAGGCAAAUUAAAAGAGCAAACGUUUACUCUUUUGGUGAUUUUGCGGAUUGUAUGGGAAAUUGUGGGUGCAUUUGUAUCGCAACUGACUCGACCACCAAAAAGCACAAAGAAAUCUACUGUGUUAUUUUGAGGUAUGAAUUAAAUGGAGACUUUUAUUCCGUCCCUCUUAUUCUUAAAGAAUAUGAAGAGAAAAAAACAAACUCUGAAUCAGUUGCGAAAUGGUUACUCGAUGAAUUGUUGUUGCUUGGAAUUCCAUUAAAUAAAUUACACUGCAUCACAACCGAUGGUUGUGCUACAAUGUGUGGAGUUGAUAGAGACGUGGUUGAACAAUUCAAUGUACAGUUGGGUUUGUUGACAGCGAAAACACGGGUUCCAUAUCCAUCAAUUAAGGGAUGGUGGUGUUCUACCCAUAGGUUCCAUUUAGUUGGUGAAAGUUGCGACACUGAACCAGAAGUAAAAAUGAUAGAAUAG